AUGGGGGGCUCCACUGUCACUCGGAGCCGGCGAACUGCGGCAGCACGGAGGACCGGACUUUCGUCGAGCUUGCCUCCUUGCACACCUUUCAAGAACGCAUUGACCAUCAGAAGCCCGGCCGCUGCAACAGCCGAAGACUGUCCAAGCCAACAUGCACCCAAAGCUGCAGUCAAAAAUCCUAGCUGCGUCAAAUUGGAUUUCGAAAAAUCCUCCGUAUCGCACUCCUCUACCGCGGUGGCCGCUGCCGUUGCACUUGAUGUUUGUAAACCGGAAUGUUCGGGCUCCGAUAGGCGGGCUUUGGUUUUGCCUGCAGGUCUUCCAACUUCUCCGGCCGCAUCCUCGAGACUUCCUGCUAAAAAACAAACCGAGGGCACCAAAGUUGAUGAAAGCUCAUUCGUUUUGAAACUCGAGACUCAGGACGUGGAGGAAGCGCGGCGCGCCGUCCGCUACGCCAGGUUACACCAACGACCGUUGCUCCUGCGGGGUCUCUUCCGGGAGACCGUGAAGAGCUUCACGCCCGAUCAGCUCCAGUGCCUCCCAGAGGAUGUCAAGGUGUGCGCGGAUGACAAGACAGGAAUCGGGUUUCAGCCUUUGCGUGACUGGGGGGUUCCCCACAAGCGCGUUCGCAAACCUACCGCGGCGGCUGUGAGAGUGGCGACGGCUAAGAAGGGAGGCAGCCGGGGCAGCGACUCGAGCCAGAGCGGUAGCAGCAAUCACAACGGAACAAUUGAGGCGGAAGACAGUACCGGAAGCAUGCCUAGCAACUGGGGUCGUAUUGCCAGCAUUAUGAGCGAGAAACCGCUGCAGACUCGGCUGUGGGCCCGCUUCAUGCAGAAGGAUUUGUUUGCUUUCCGCACCAAAACCGGACACAGCGCUCUCGCGGACUUCGCUGCUUCGAUACAUCAAGGUUGUAAGCCCAUGUCGAGCAACAUGAUAGUCACAGGAAAUGCAGCGCCUUCUGCCGCUGGGCGGUGCUUCGAGAUGAAGUCCGAUGCGCACCAAGACGAGUACCACAACUUCAUGGUGGUCGCCUCGGGUGCGAAAAUCUGGGCCUUGGCCGCCCUGACAGAGGAACAAGUGGCAAAGGGUCGCAAGACGAAGGGAAGGUUGAGCAGCUCGUUUCGCCUGGACGCGGUGGACCGGACGAAGAACCGGACACCCGAGGAGCACGAGGUGGCCGGCCUGUUCGAGACCGUCUGGAUGGGCCCCGGCGACGUCCUCUUCAACCCAGCCUGGGUCUGGCACCAGGUCAACAGCGAACCGCAGACGCUGGCGUACAGUGUCAUGUACCCCGUAGGGGGGGGUGGCAAGGACGCCCGUGUUGGAAACGAGGGACGCUGA